GGGGCGCGCGACACUCAUGACAACGUCGACCAGAGUUUUUGUUUUUUUUUUUAAACUAAAAAAAAAACCGCGGCACAGCCAGUUAGUUAGUUAUCCGCCGUAUCAACCGUCACCACACAGCGACGAGAUGUCCGCUCGACCAGCGGAGGAGCAGGCCGGAGCACGGGGGCGUUUUUAUGAUGAACUCUUGACAUGUGGCUCCAGCUGAACCGAAAGCGAGGAAGGUUGCUUUGUUCGAGGUCAAUUCGUCGCACCGUUCCCACCCACGGGAGCGAGCAGGCUCUCGCGUUUUCCCUCGGAAGGGGGAACACAAUUCGUAUUGUCGUUAGCGGCGGUGCUAAGCUAGUAUCGAUACUGUGCGCGCGGACAGCGGAAACCAAGUGACAGUCUCCGAUUAGGAUUGGUCAAUUUUUCACUAAUGUCUUCGGUGUUUCCCCGAGGUUUCACAAAUCAUGUUAAGUUUCAUCCACAAUCUCUUAUACAGGAAUGAGGAAUAAGUUGUAUAAGGAAAGGGACCUUAAAUGACUUCUGCUUGGCAUUAUAUGUAAAAUAGAAAAAGAAAAAAAAAAAAAAAUUAUCUGACUUUUCAGGGGGGCGGGGGCUCCCGUUGGUGGGGCGGGGCGACCCCCCAAUUCAAUAGUUGGGGAAACACUGGUCUUGUUUACCUGCAAACCUCAGCAACACCAUAUAUAAUAUGUAUAUAUAUAUUUUUUUUUUAAAUCUAUUGCUGCCCGACAGUUACGCUAGGCAGAUAACAUUAGUAAAUGUGUCUACGCCAACACAGACAUGUAUUUGUAUUUUUCUAAAUUGACCGUUUUUUUUUUUCAUUGAGUCUGGUUGUUUGUCAUCGGCUUCUCCCCAAGCUCGAGAGCAGCACACACGCUUGGUUUGAUGCAGGUUGGGUCAAUGAGUUCAUGACUGUGGUCGGCUCAUGUUGUGGUGGUUAUAACCUCAGCUCUCCAUCUUCAAUUAUGAUACCGGCUGUGUCUCACAGUCAUCAUAUUCAUCACGCUGCUGAACCCAUGACUGCGCUCCAUCAUUCAGCAGCAACCAUAUAGUAACGUUUGCGGACAACACAACCGUGGUGGGUCUCAUCUCAAACAAUGAUGAGACCCACUACAGGUAGGAGGUCAGCCAACUGGCCACGUGGUGCAGGGAUAACAACCUCUUCUUGAACAUCGUCAAGACCAAAGAGGUUGUUAUUGACUUCCGGAGAGGCCACACCCCUAAACCCCCACUGACCAUCAAUGGUGCUGCUGUGGAGAGAGUGAGCAGCACCAAAUUCCUGGGGGUACACAUCAGUGAGGACCUCUCCUGGACAAUGAACACUGCAUCACUGGCCAAAAAGUCCCACCGGCGCCUCUACUUCCUCUGCAAACUGAAGAGAGCAGUACCGGGGCACCAUCAAGAGCAUCCUGACCAGCUGCAUCACUGUGUGGUACGGGAGCUGCACCUCCUCCAACCGAAAGACCCUGCAGCGCAUAGUUAAGGCAGCUGGACGGAUCAUUGGUGUCCCACUCCCCUCACUCCUGGAAACCUAUGAAACCGGCUUCACCCGCAAAGCAACCAGCAUUGUGGGUGACCUUAUCCACCCGUCACACACCUUCUUCAGCCUCCUGCCAUCUGGGAGGUACGGGAGUCUCCGAGCCUGUUCCACCAGACUGGCAAACAGUUUAAUUCACCAGGCUGUCAGGAAGCUCAACAUCCUACCCUCCCCUCUACCCCCAAGAACUCUGGACUCUGAGUUUCCUGUAUAUUACACAUACUGUGCACUGCUGCUGCAGGCCUCGAGUUCACUAUGGCCCAGAACCAGGUGAUCCUGCAGUUCCGAUUCGCCACGUUUGGGGACUCGAUGCUGCAAAAGAUGAACCUCCUACGACACCAGCGACGCUUCUGUGAUGUCACUGUGCGCAUCAACCAGCUGGAGGUCCCUGGUCACAAGGUGGUGUUUGCAGCUGGCUCAUCUUUUUUGAGGGACCAGUUCAUCCUUCAGCAGGACUCCAGGGAGGUCCAGAUUUCCAUGAUCCAGGAGGCGGAGGUGGGACAGCAGCUGCUGCUAUCCUGCUACACAGGCCAGCUGGAGUUUCCCGAGCUGGAACUGGUGCAUUACCUGACGGUGGCCAGCUUCCUUCAAAUGGGUCACAUUGUGGAGCAGUGCACCCAGGCCCUCAGUAAGUUCAUCAAACCACAGGCUGCACACCAGCUGGAGGUGGAUGUGAGUAUGAGGAGGGAGAAGAGGGAGGAAGGUUCAUCCACCCAGGCCCAGAGAGAGCAAGAUCGCUCCCAGGUGCGGACUGUUAAUCAGCAGAUGGAGGAGGUAAAGCAGGUUGAGGAUGACAACAAUGGCGACGAUGAUGAUGAUGACGACGACGACGAUGAUGAUGGAGAAGAUGAUGUGAUUAUACAGCCUAAGUCCCUUCUCCAGAUUCUAAGCAGACGCCCUAGGCAGAGUAUGGUGAACGACAUCACUAUAGUAAAGGUGGAGUCUGUGUCUGACGUAGCAGAAAACUCCAACAGUGGUCACUUUUCCACCAGCCCGCCUGCUGCCCUCAACUCGCCUGAGCCCCAGCAUUCACUCAUCAACUCCACCGUAGACAGUCGCAGUAGUGAAAUGCCAGUUCCACCUGGCAUUGCCGGAUACCCGCUCAGCCCCCCUCCUCCAUCCCCGCCUGCUGAGAAACACAGCGCACAUCAGCGGAACUAUGACAAGCCUCUGCAGUGGUACCACCAGUGCCCAAAGUGUGCCCGGGUCUUCCGCCAGCUGGAGAACUACGCCAACCAUCUCAAGAUGCACAAGCUCUUCAUGUGCCUCCUGUGCGGAAAGACAUUCACACAAAAAGGCAAUCUGCACAGACACAUGCGUGUCCACGCCGGUAUCAAGCCCUUCCAGUGUAAAAUUUGCGGCAAGACCUUCACCCAAAAGUGUUCUUUGCUGGAUCACCUUAACCUGCACAGUGGGGACAAGCCCCACCGCUGCAACUACUGUGACAUGGUAUUUGCUCAUAAGCCGGUUCUUCGUAAGCACCUUAAACAGAUCCACGGGAAGAAUAGCUUUGACAAUGCAAACGAAGGCACCCUGCACGAUGGAGGGCUAGACUUUGAUUUUGGCCGAAUAUGAAAUCUUUGUUUUAGGAGAUUUGUUGGGUGGCAUCUGUAGAUUUUCCCUCAGAAGGGACAUUUCUCAAAGUAGUUUGAAAAGAGGAGAAGAUCUGCACACUUAAAAGCUCAAGUUAAAUGAUUAUUUUUGCUGUAGGUAUGUUUCGAGCACUAGACUCUUCCUGCUCUAAGUGUGACUAUGACACACAAAAUCCUUUAAUGGGAGUUUUUAGGUUUGCAGGUCUUCUCCAAUUUUCAAACUUUCUGUGAUAUUUCGUUGAUCCAGCACCUUUCAAAAACAUUUUUUACUGGAUGUGCAUUUUGUUUUUCCACAUUACUCAAAUGUGUCAUCAUAAAUUUAAACAUUCAAGAAACAGGCACUUUUUUUCAAAGCAAAAGCAAAAAUUGCAUUGAUAAAAAACGAAUAGAUGAGUGAACAUGAUUGCCAGUUUCCUUAAGGGUCAACCUCCUUCUGAUGGCUUCAACUGGAAAACAAAAGCUUAAGUUUCCUCGUCUACAUUUAACUGUAGCUUAAUUUACUGUGGAAUAUUUUUUUAUAGAAUACAUUGUAGAUGCCUUCAUAUCAUACUUGAAAAUUCAGCACUGAAACACAGAACAUAAUGACUGUGCAUCAUUAGUUUUAUCGAUGAAUUAAAAUGUCUUUGUUUCUAACGAAAGAAAAACAUUGCAGACAAAUAUCCAUUUGUAUAUUGUGUAUACAGUCUUCUGUAGGCGUUUUGUCUUACCUGUAUGAAUAUGACAACAUGGAGUUCAUAAGUAAAGGAAACUUAAAAGAAAGUGGGCAUAAAACUAUUUUAUUGAAGGCAAGCUACUGUACACCAGUAACAAGUGGGAUGCCAAAGUGUCUGUGAGCUGAAAUUGUGCUUUUCUAAAGACUUACUAUUUGACCAAAGUGACAUUGUAUCUGUCCUGUGUUCAUCAAAGUCAAUGUGUGUUAUGAAAUUAAAACUGACUGAACCAA